AUGUCUAUGAGAAAAUAUUCCCGGAAGGCCGCGGUCUUCAAAACCAGCACUCGCCUCCGCUCCGCGCUGCCUCCCUGUGGGCGCGCCCUGCCGCGGGAGCCUUCGGCCAGACUGUGGCAGAGAGGAGACAGGUGCCGCCCCCGUUGGCUUGGGACCCCUGUGUUCUUACAGGCUCCGCGGUGGCGAGCGGGCAAUCCUCGGGCGGGGCUGGCACAGUACAGAUGUGCCGGUAGCUUAACCCCCACCAACCGAGUCUCGGAAAAGCCUGCGAGCCAGGACACGGAACAGUUCAAACUGGUCUACAAAUUCCCAGGAAUUAAAUAUUGUCGAAUAUUUUCAAGAAUGAAGUUGUUACAGACUGCUCUGACCGUAGUCACCCUCCCUCCAGUCUAUCACCUCUAUCUGCAGGAACAAGUUUCUCAGGAUUUUCUGUUGUAUGUCACUGGCAUUGCUUGCUUUGCUGCUGCAAUGCUGUAUGGUACAAGUUAUUUUUUCAGACGAAUGAUUGGACUGAUAUACUUAAAUGAUGUUGGCACUAUGGUAAAAGUGGCACAUUUGACAUUUUGGGGUCAAAAGAAAGUCAUUUAUUGUCCAAUUGAAACUGUGAUGCCCUUGGGUGACACUGGAGAUGCCAAGAACGAAGUACUGCUUCAGUUUAAACAGCAUAAUAGUACACACAUUUUAUAUUUUACUCUAAAGUUUGGCCAUAUUGUAGAUAAACAGAGGUUUGACCAAAUAUUUGGAGGAUAUUACUAAUACAUUUUCCAUUGAUCUUCAUGCUGAAUUCAGAGCAUAGUUUAAUAGAUUUAUAAAUACUCAAAUCCGGAAUAUUACCAUCCUUUUUUCGUACAAAUCCUCAGCCAGCAUGCACACCUGUGUUUAUACAAAGGGCAUACCUUGAUGUAGUAACCACUAGACAGAAGUUUCUGUGUAGUAAUUUCAGAUGAAAGCUGAAUCUCAUUGCACACACACAACUAUUAUGUAAAUAAAGCUAGUAUAAUACUCAUGUCUGGUAACUUGCACUUAAAAUUGGUUCACCUGAAUGUGCAGUUGAGCUAGCAGGUAGUGGGGUAUUUUUUUAUGGUGCUUUCAGACUAGGAUAGCAGCUAAAAAUAAUUUAUUGGUAAAACUGAGCAAAUGUAACUUGCUAUCAGAGAGAACCAUAGAAACCACAGCAGCAUUUUUACUAUCUCUUGUGAGACUUCACUUUCAAUUUGUCAAAUUUUGAUCAAGAAAAUUUUAAUUUCUAUUAACAUGUAAAGUUAGUAAGUUAUUGAAAUUGCAAAUUAUUCCUGUAGAACUGCAAAGUAAGGAUUAUACUAGUGCAAGAAAUGGUCAUGAGGUGGAACCGCUUGCUCACUUGUGACCUUGGCUAGCAGUAACCGGGAACUAUGCCUCUCACUUUUUGUAGCAAUUCUUCUGUCAGAUCAAAACUUAGUGUCAGUGGAAUUCAGAGUAAGAUUUGUCCAGCAUUCAGCAAUGGCUUGUGGCAUUUUAACUUGUGUACAUAGAGAAAAGGAUAAAUUCUGAACAGAAGUAUAUUACAGAUUUGCAGAAGCUUGAAAAACAUUUUCUUACCCUGAGCUACAGGCACUAUCUAAGGUUAUUGUAAAUAAGAAUUUUAAGCAUUUUCAGUGCUUAUGAUUGAUUUGGAUUUUUUUUUCAAUUUAACAAAUUGAAACUCAUUCAUUUUCUUAGGCAUAAUAUUUUAAUAUUUGGGUUGCAAAGACAGCAGGGAAAUGGUUAUUUUUAAACAGCAACUGUGCCCACAAAGGAACUAAAUGGCACAUCAGUUCAAAAUAUCCUUCCAUUGACCGGACUUAGUUUUGAUUGUGUACUGUAGAUUGUACUUUUCACAAAUUAAAAAAAAGUUGUAUGAA